UACCUGGCUCCGUUGUGUCCGCUGACAUCAACCCUCUCUCCGGCAAAGAAGCGCUCUUUGACGAAAGCGUGGACGUCCUCGCAGAGCUCGCUCAGUCGGCCGCGACGGCCCAGCGCCGCCAGGUGCAACAGCGGCGCCACCAACACGGACGGAAACUUCUGGAGGCUCUGCUUGGCCCGACGCUCGCUCUCCACAGCCUCCAAGUAGGUUAGACCCGCUCGCCCUGUCAGAGCGCAGCUCCACACCAGACUGUUACACAGGAUGGUCCUCUCAAAGAACUCACUGUGGAGGGCAGGCAGGUAAGGCAAGUGAGCCGGGGCUCUUAAGACUUUUAACAGGUAAGUUAAUACAACACACUUCUCAUGAUGGAAUCAAAAGUCUCCAUACUCGAAUGUUUAGCAGCUCAAAAGUAAAGUAUGAAGAUUCGACAGACUGAAUGAAUGAAUGAAUGAAUGAAUGAAUCAAGAAAAGUACUUAAAGUAAGCUUGGCAUGCUAGCGGCUAACAAGUGACAGUUAAAGCGGCUUGCUAACUUAGCUAACCUCACACCUGCUGCACACACAAACACAUGUCACAAAGUUUCGCUUUGAAUAAACUAGUGGUGUGGUCAGAGAAUCAGCGACGUGACGUCAUUGCAGGUGAGCCUGGUGAAACUUACUCGUAGCUGCGGAAGACUUCGUGCGUGAUACGGCAGAGGAAGACCUCCUCGUCGGGGCUCAGGUCGGCCGGAGGCUCCUGACGGAUGAAAGCUCUCCUGUGGAGGAGCGGCAUCUCGGCGGCCGCUUGUAGAAGAGACAAGGAGACGAUAAAGACAGACGACCUCACACAACACACGCUGAAGUGGUACCGGGACCGGAACCGGAUUACCAAAGUGUCUCUAAAGGCCUCGGGAACGCGCGGGUCUCUUUUGUUAAGGCUCGCGAACGAGGCGGCCGCGUGGAGACCAACUCCUUGUGCCGCCUCUCUUUUCAAGUGUGAUCCAGUCCAAACCCAACGGAACCUCCGGCAUAUGACGCACCUGCUCUAGCUCGAGCUCAAUAGUACAGCGAAGGUUCGGUUGCCGAUCUCGUCCUGGGUGAGUGAGUGUCUCUAUGGAGGACAAUUCGCGACACGAACCAACUGUCCCAGAUCACUGCAGGCUUGUUGACCAAGUUUUCGUUUACUUCACGGACCGCAACAAAGCUCGGAAAUGUCUCAGUACUGAAGUCGUGUUCCAUUAAUUGGCGUGAGAUGACGAUAAACGUUUCUUUGCACUAAAGCAGCGGCGCUUUGACGACACUGACCGUUCACAUGUCACACUUUACUUUUAAAUAUUUGCAAUACAUUUUUUUAGUUAUCAUCACCGAGCUGAGUUCCGUAAUAAACAUGUAUAUACACACACAUACAUAUAAAUGUACACACACAUGCAUGUAUUUGGAUCAAGGAGACACAAAUAUAUUUCACUACUGUAUAUAGUCAGGUAUGAGACAAUCCCAAAUUACAUUUUUCCUCCACUGUCCCGUGAACGCACCACACUGAAUGAAUCAGUAGGCGGAGCUCAACAGGCACUCAAUGCAGCGAUUGGUUGGCCGUGCUGCCAUCCCACGCUACCGACCAAUGGUUGCCUGCGAAACCACUGAUGAUGAAACUAAGUGGUGACGUCAUUAAAGGACACGAAAAACAACUGUCUUUGUAGUUACUUUGAAACUAGAUAAUUGUAUUCAUGAGUUGAUACUAAUAUGUACAGCAUAACAAUGUGUGUAGAGAAUUUAUAUACACUUACUUACCAGAUAAGUUAGAGUAGACAUUUUUACUAUAAUUUUAUUAAAUAAUGCUGUUAGAGAUGAGAAAUAAUGACAAAGGAUUAAGUACAUCAUUAUUAAGUUCAUGAGACACUGACGAACUCCGUCAUUAUUUCUAAACUCUUUAAAAUGUAAUUCUAAAAUUGUAUAAACACCCAACGAAAUUAAAUGUUAUGAAGUUUAUAAAUUAUGGAGUUUAAUUACCAAGUGUGUGAACAGCAGUAUUAAUUUUUUUAGGCGUCUUUAUUAUAAUUUUACAAUUAAAUAAUGUUAUGGAACAAAAAAUUAAACAAAUAAAACCUCUACUUUGUCACAAACAUUGAUCUAAAUGUUUUUUUAAACAAACGUACCGUUUUUGCAGUUACUAUUUUUGUGUAAAAUACGAAAAGUAUUAUCAUAGAAGUUAUUUGUUCAAUGAACCACGGCGUCUCAAAGAAGACUAAGGAACCCUAUAAUGUGCAUGCGGACGACAAUGAAGGUGGCACCAAGAUGGCGGAAGUGCUCGCUGUCCGUCUCCAUGGAAACGCCAUGCAAACUUUGCAUACGUUUUUCGGACAAGCGCGUACACGACGCGUCAGAAGCCAAGGUAAGUUCACUAACCUCACUUACGACACGCGCACAGGCAUACACCCGUAGUGUGCGUGCACAUACAUGUACACUACUCUCAGAUAAGCUAUUAACAAUUAGCAGUCAUGUCUGAGCAGGAAGAGGGUGAGAUAACAGCACCUUCAACUCUUCAGGACUGUCAAUUAAAACAUCUGUGGGUACAUAAUCAAGUGUGCAUGCACAAUGAUAGCUUUGCUGCAUCAAAGGUCAAAUACGGGACCAGUGACUGAUGGUCAGUUAGAUAGAGCCAGGAAGAUGCCAAGGAAGGUGAAGAAAGGAGGCAGGGUUUUGGAGGAGGAUGAGCAGCUUCUGCAGCGACGUCGACAAGUGAAGGACCAACAGGAAACUGGCAGAAAGAGGGAGGAGCUUCUGACGCUCUUCCUGAAGGACAAAGUUCAGAGGGAGAAGAAAAACUCGGCUGUCAAUCUGGUGAAGCUCAAUCAAGGAUGGCGAGCCGUCCUCAGCCAUGCCAAAUCAGCUGAGCUGCGCCAGGACAUCACCAUCUUGCGUCAGACAUUUGAGCGACAGCUGGACAGCCUGGAUGAUGUCAUUAAGAGCUUGACAUGUGACCUGCAGGAGGCGGAGCGUCAAUCAGCUCAGGUGAGGCGGCGUCACCUGCAGCACAUUGGGCGCAUAAGGGCACUGCAGGACGAGCGGUUGGUGUUUGUGCGGCACUGCUGGGAGCAAAGCCUGCAACACAUCAGCGCCGGCUUCAUGGCCGAGAGGAACAACAUGAUGGGGCAGGCGGAGCGGCGGCUGGCCUGCCUGGAGGACAAAGCGUUCUCAUUGGAGCUGCAGCAGGAGGACGUGAUGCGUGCCGUGCGUCAAGUGUACUGCGACAGCAUGGCGGCCCAGCAGAGUGCUCAACAGGACAGAGUGGUGGCACUGCGCGGCGCAGACAUGGAGAAACUGGCAGAGAAAAGGCAUCAAAGGCAGGAAGUGGUGCAGGCGGCCGAGCGUCUGAUGUCCACUACCCAGCGUCUGGUACAUGUGACCAACAUGGACGUGAAGCGAGUGUGGCAGCUGCAGGGUGCUGUCAUCAGCUUGCGUACAAAGCUCAAAUCCUUCGAGAUGGAGAUUGUGUCCGAGGCAGACGACAUGACUGCGGCAAAGGUCGAGUUGAAUAUAAAGACUGGCAAGCUUCGGGAUCAUCUGACACGAGCUCGCCAGGCGGCGAGGAAACAGCUUGCCGACCUUGCACUUCAAUGUUCUGCCACUGAAAAGAAACUACAGUUGGUGAUUGGCAAGGGUGAGAAGGUCCUGCACGCCGCCGCCAUGUGUCGCAAGCUCGAAUGCGCUUCAUCUUCAUCACCACAAGGCAGCGUUGGCGAGAAGCUGGGGACAGCAGAGGCAGAGCAAACAGAAAUGACGUUUCCUGAGGUGCGUCAGCUGACUCGCCGUCUCAGUGGCGCUCUGCUGCAGCGAGACGUACUGGCCAAUCAUCAAGAAGAGCUGAGGCGGGACAACCAGCAGCUGAGACUUCUGGUGCGGCGCCACCUGGACGCCAUGAAGCUCAGCGGCGGUGCCCUAGAUGGAAGCCAAACCCUGCUCACUGUGAAGGCUAUGCCGACCACACCAAACCCCGCCCUCGGCGCCAAAUGCCACGUGGUUAUUGAGGCGGUCCACCCCCCCAAAACCUUGCUGUGACAGCAUAGACGUGACACUUAGAGACACUGCAGACGCAGCAACCUCCUGUAAGGCCAAAGAAUAAACUUAAGUUGGAAGACUAGAAAAAAUACUUUUAUUGUGGUAAUCAUGCAAGACACCAACAGGAAGUAGUAGUAACACGUUAAGUCGUAAACGUCAGCUGCUUGCCACACCAAUCCCUUGAGUUCAAAACAAAAAGUGAAAUGAAACAAACCAAUCAGAAGGUGGCUUUGCUCCAGGAGGCCCCCGAUUGGAUAUUUUCUCCUUAACUUUCUUAUAAAGGACAUUAAAAAAAGGCGGCCUUGAGCAGCAUGGCUCCUCCCUCUAGUCAACUAUGUCAACAGGGAAGGGGCUUGUCAGGCCACAGCCUCCGUUGUAAAAACAUAAUAAAUAAAAUAUUCACUGAUUGACGUUUAACUGGCAGGUGAGGCUCUGCACUCU